AUGGACUCCAUUGAGGCCGAGGAGAAUCUGUACGCCGCGAGUGAUGCAAAGUUGCAUGGCGAAAUGUGCAAGCAACUUUCUGCGAUUGUCUACGACAUAUUGAAAAUCUUUCCCAGCGUGGAGGAAGCAAAACCCAGAAGCAAGUCAGGAAUACAAGCGCUGUGUUCGUUGCACGUCGCCAUCGACAAGGCCAGGAACAUUCUUCGCCAUUGCUCCGAGUGCAGCAAGCUUUACCUGGCUAUAACUUCAGAUUCUGUUCUUGUGAAAUUUAACAAGGUGAAAUGUGGUCUCGAGGAAGGUCUUCAGCUUGUCCAUGGCAUAGUCCCCCAACAAGACAUUAGUCGUCGGAUUAAGGAGAUCAUGGAGGCGGCGGCGGGGACUGGCUUCGCUCUGGAUCAAUCGGAGAAGCAAGUGGGCGACGAGGUUAUCUCUUUGCUGAACAAGGAGAAAAGAUUCGACGGCGAUUCCAAUGAUCACGAAGAACUGAAGAUAUUUCAUCAAGCCGUCUUGAAGCUGGGCAUCACCUCCUACAAAACAGCUCUCUGGGAGAGAAGAUCGCUGAAGAAACUGUUGGAGAGCGCCCGCGCAGAGGAAGACGAGAGGAAGGAGUCCAUCGUCGCUUACUUACUCCAUCUCAUGAGGAAAUACUCCAAACUGUUCAGGAAAGACUUGCCGGACGACCCCGACUUCCAGCAGGGUUCCUGUCCUUCGUCCCCCACCGUCGACUGCACCGCCGUCCAGGAGAAAGGUUGGCGUUUGGAGAAGCGAGCUUCUAAGUUCUGCGCGAUCAAUUUCAAGCAGAGUGGAGAGGAAUCAGGCAAUGCGCCGGUGCCGCCGGAGGAGCUGAGGUGCCCGAUCUCUCUGCAGCUCAUGUACGACCCUAUCGUCAUAUCUUCCGGGCAGACGUACGAGCGCGUGUGCAUCGAGAAAUGGUUCGGCGACGGCCACAGUACUUGUCCCAAGACUCGACAGCAGCUUUCUCACCUCUGCCUCACGCCGAAUUACUGCGUCAAGGGGCUGAUCGUGAGUUGGUGCGAGCAGAAUGGAGUGGCGGCUCCGAGCGGCCCGCCGGAAUCGCUCGAUCUCAACUACUGGAGGCUGGCUCUGUCGGUUCCUGACAACCAAACCGUGCCGGCUGAGAACGGAAGCGCCAAGACACCGGAGCCGCUCACGGCGGAAGAGAGCGUGAGUUUGGAGAAGAAAGGCGAUGAGCUGGAUGAGGUCGCCAAGUGCGAGAACUUGCUGGCCGCGUUGAAUCAAGCGAGGACCAUGGAGGAGCAACGCGAGGCCGCGGAGAAAAUUCGGCUUCUUCUCAAGAACGACGAAGAGGCGAGGAUCUACAUGGGCGCGAGUGGCUUUGUGGAGGCGAUCGUCCAGUUCCUGAAGUCGGCCGUCGAUGAGGGCGAUGAACCAGCACAAGAAACUGCAGCCAUGGCACUCUUCAAUCUCGCCGUCAACAAUAACAGGAACAAAGAGAAGUUGGUGUCCGCCGGACUGAUGCAGCUUUUGGAGGAGAUGAUUCGAAAUCCCAAAAUGCAUGAGGCGGCGGCUGCUCUGUACCUCAACUUGUCAUGUCUCGAAUCGGCCAAGGUCAUGAUCGGCUCGAGCCCAUCGGCGGUGCAGUUCCUGGUUCAGCUGCUGCAGGCCGCCAACUGCAGAAGAAGCUGCAAGCACGACGCCCUAUACGCUUUGUACCACCUUUCCUCCCACCCAGCCAACGUCGCUCCCCUGCUCUCCGCCGGCGUCAUAAACGUCCUUCAUUCCCUGAUCGCCGCAGCGCCCGCAGCAUCGGGGAACAAGAUGUGGGUGGAGAAGGCUCUGGCCGUGCUGAUAAACUUGUCGUCGAGCCCUUCCGCCAACAGGGAAAUAGUCUCCACCGCGGGCCUCAUUGCGGCGAUGGCGAGCGUGCUGGAGAACGGGGAGGCUGUGGAGCAGGAGCAGGCGGCCUCCUGCUUCCUGCUGCUGUGCGAGGGCGACAAGAGCUGCAGCCACGUGGUGCUCCAAGAAGGCGUCAUCCCUUCUCUCGUCUGCGUCUCCGUGAACGGGACGCCGCGAGGGAGAGAGAAAGCGCAGAGGCUGCUGAAGCUGUUCAGGGAGCAGAGGCAACGCGAAAUGGCGCACCAGGCGGUACUGGAUCAGACGCCCCAGUUAGCGCCGGCCUACGGCGGAACUGGUGACGAGAUCAUCGACAGCUCCGAAGGGAUUGUCUCCGAGGAGAUGCCGCUGAAGAAAUCAAGAUCGCGGAGGCUCGGGAGAGCUUUCACGUUGAUGUGGAAGCUGAGGGGUUCCUGGAGCGUGAGGAAUCAUCGAUAGGAUGCCAAAAAAAAAAAAA